GGAACGGCCGAGGGUUCAUCUAAUUAAUUCGUCACGGUUAGCCAAAAUUUCCGAAUUACAAAUUGGGAGAUUCAACAGGACGCACUUUGCUGAAAUGUCAUUUUCAGCCACUGUCGACCUUAAUGACUGGUCAUCACCCAUCGCUGCACUAGCGUCAGUAGAGUAAAGAGGUUGUGAAGGCUUGACUUCCGCAAGCAAUUUAAUUUAGACUCUCGACUAGUCUGGACUAGCGCCAGAUCUCCUUAUCGGAUUGAUUAUCAGACCUUAUCGUUUCUUCUCACUAUGUAUCGGAAAACACAAGAACAAAUGAGCAGGACGUCAGAGACAAAGAGUGAUAUAUUUAUUCACUUGAUCUGCAGUUUUGGAGCAAGUCCCUUUCUCUCCUACGGCGAAUUUUCAACAAGUUUCAGACCAAAGACACGUUUGUUGCUCUUCCGAGUGGAUAAUGACAGCUGUCAACAUGCCCCGUCAACUAAACGCCACCACAGCUACCACGUAUACAAAGCUCCACUUCUCGUCCAAUUUUUUUUCUAUCUUUUGCGUGAUCAUCCAGCUGUCAUUGCUUGGUUUUACUAGCAUCUAACUAUGUAUUCAAUAAACUUACAGACAUUCCUGUCUUUCCUUCUUCUUGUACUUCCUACCCUCUCAUAUGGCAGGAAUCCUCCAGGCAACAAUGCCAUCCUUCUCUCUAAUGUGCAAACGUUGACUCUGCGCGGAAAUCGUCUGACAACCUCCCGCCGUGUUGAUCCCAUCCCCCAGUUGCAAUGCACUGGGCCAUCAAAGAGGAUAUGUGACCUAUAUCCCAUAGAUGUGAUGCGAUGCACCAACGCAGGCUACGACUAUGAUGAGGAAGACGUCCAGUGGACCUGUACCGCAUCAUUACCCCAAGAGUUCAAGCUUGGCUCAACAGAUGUUGUCUGCGAGGGAUACCGAAAUGCAGAGGACAAGUGGGUACUGAAAGGCAGCUGUGGUGUAGAGUAUCGACUAUUGUUAACGGAACUUGGAGAGCGGAAAUUUGGACGUGUACAAGAAAGUAGGCCUAGAAUGCCGUUGAACAACGAAGAGAACGGUCUGGCUUCACUAGGAGAUAUACUCUUUUUUGGGCUCAUGGGUGCGGUUUUUUUGGUGAUACUGGUAGCCAUGUGUAAUGAAUGUUCUGGUUCGCGAGGAAACCGAAGAGGUCGCACUCCUGGUCGUGGGUUUGGUGGUGGAGGAGGAGGAGGAGGAGGAGCAGGUGGUGGUGGCCCCUAUCCUGGGCCUCCACCACCAUAUAGCAGCUGUCCGGAUAGUGGUUCUUUCGCAUCAGCGCCUGCUGCUGGGCAGGGCUGGCGGCCGGGCUUCUGGACAGGUGCCCUGGGUGGUGCCGCGGCUGGCUAUCAGUAUGGAAGAAGAAAUCGCAACGAAUAUCCUUCUGCUGGCCGACGAACGACUUCCUUCGGCAGAUGGAAUGAUGCAGAUGAUCCUGGAGAAAGCAGUUCGCGGUCUCGUUCUCCUCAGUUCUCUACUCCGACUACAAGUACAGGGUUUGGUUCAACCAGGCGUCGCUGAUCCUGGACCAAAUAUAUCCUAAAGUCUUUAAAUCUUUCGCGCAACAAGUUAUAUACUCUAGCGAUUUGCCCGAAACCAUGCUAGACAAAAGGAAAUCCAGUCCAUGAGUCAGGAAUUCCACGCCAUGACCCGUGAAGAAACGGAGCAUAUUGAUAUGAACGGUGACCAGGUCGAGAAAUAG